AUGGAGGAUUCCCCGGGAACGGGCGAUGCGGGAGCUGUACCACAGCCACAGCAGCAGCAUAAGAAGCCACUCGAACCAUCACCACCUCUGGCUGAUCGUGAACAAAUUCGACUGAAACGAUCUUCUCUCCCUCCUCGUCCGAAUGGUGCUGCUCGCCACGCCAAACGCUUGACCCUCAACUUCCCCAUCAACAUUCCCCCGGCCGACCUCAGUGGCAUCACCACCCCCGGAUCCAUGACCCCUGUCACGCAGUCCUCCGUUCAGCAGUCCCCUGCCCUCCCCCUCGGCACACAUAUACCGUUGGAAGGGUCAGAUGAUAGCAAUGAGAUUCUCACGGCUAUUGCGUCACAAGAGCGAAAGGUCCUUGAGCUUCGUGAGGAGCUCCAACGUGCAGAAACGGAGCUUUCCACACUAAAGAAGCAGUGGGCGUCGUCGGAGAAGACUCGGAAACGGACAGAAAUCAACCACCAUGCCGAACCGUUGAUUCCUUUGAGAUCUCCCGAGCAGCAUAGCAGCGAGAGCCAGCAUCACAGAGAACGCAGUGGGGGUACCAGCAUUGAUAGCCCGUCGUCGGUGGUCCAGUCACGAAUGAGUCGGGAGCUGGAGAGACGGAGCAGUGUUCGUGCUGCAGCGACAGCGGGCACGAAGAUAUCGGCGAAUGGACGACGAGUGUUUCAGGGCUCUCAUACUCGGACGCUGUCGUUGCUUUCUCCUGUUGCGGGUUCUGGCAAGCCGUUUGAGUCUGGGUCGGCUACAGAGGAUGAUCGGAUUUCUCGACCUCCUCGGUCUGCAACGCUGCCGUCGCUCGAACGUACUACGAGUAAUAAUCUUCGCAUGGCUGUUGAUGCAUCUGAUCCUACGGAGGAACUCAUGUCACAGUGGCGGAAGACAAUGCCGCCGCCCUCUCGAGAGGCUCUCAUGCGCACUGGAAAACAAAUGGCUUCGGAUUUGAGGGAGGGUCUAUGGACGUUCUUGGAGGAUAUCAGACAGGCUACUGUGGGAGAAGAGGGAAUCAAUGCGACCGAAUCGAGGGGGGUAACGCCAUCGGGACGGAAUCGGAAUUCCAGCUCGACAUCGCGAAGCAGAGACCGAUUGUCGGUGGGAGGAAAGUCCUCUCGAUCGCCGUCGUCUACACGAGGCAGGGGGGCAGAGGCGAGAAAAUCUGGUAAAGACACUAAAUCGGCAGACAUAGAUCUGUCGUUUUGGACUGAAUUCGGCAUUGAUCCUCCUGGGCAGAAGUCCCCGACUCCUCGCGGAGCCUCAAAUACCCCAAGCGGGCCGAACGAAGCAACCGACUCAGACCACCUCGAGGUUGAAGACAACUGGGAUGACUGGGACACGCCCCAGCCGAAAAAGACGCAGCAUACUCCUUCCUCGAGCCGCUCAACAUUGGAAUCGAAGCAUGACCAGUCCCCGAUGACGCAGACCAGCAGUCCCCGCACAAGCACUAGUGUUCCGCUGACUGCGAAUAGCUUCGGAGACUGGAACACAGCCAACAAUGAGAUUCCUGACCCCAGCGUAUCUGAUGGCAUUCCUUGGCCGGCAAUCACCAAGAUGGCACCUUCAAACCUCACCAAAACGGCUUCAAACCUGAUGGCCGAAUGGGAACGAAGUCUCUCCCCAUCUCUGAGCGGUCCCAAUUCUCCGAUCCUCGACAAAGACGACAAGAAAGACUAA